AGUGCUGCUCUGGCCGGAAUCAAAACAAACCCAAUUUUUGAAACAAAAUUUUAGUUUUAGUUAUUAAAUGGCGUUACCAAAGUUAAUAAAAGACGCCCCCACGGUCUGGAACUAUUUGAACGGGGUAGUGAAUCUUUACAAACCCGCCGGAAUCACUGCCCAGCAAGUGCGGAACACCGUUGUUCACAAUUUGUGUAGAGAUCUAAACCUACUAAAUGUACGUCCUGCUCUUCAACGGGUGGUGAUCGAGGAUGGGUUUGACUCUAGCUUGGUUGUGCGAAAAGAGGAGGACCUUUCGGACAACGUUCUGGUAGUGGGGCCUCGCUAUCAGCCGGAAGAUGUAAAAACUAGAUUCUGUGCUAAUCAUGGCAAAUUUACGAGCGGUGUAACUGUUUUAGGAAUCAAUCAUGGAACCAAUCUUGCCUUCCGGUUACAGCAAAACCGAGUGCUACGAGUGUACCGAAUUACCGGGUUCCUCGGCAAGGCUACCGAAACACACUUUGCCGAAUCACGCGUCGUCGCAAGAGCCACUGUUAGUCACAUAGGAUCGGAGAAAAUUGGACGGCUGCUGGCAUCGAUCCAGGCGUCACAUCAACGCAAAAUGUACGAAUUAAGCGGAAUCGAUAUCCAAUCGCAGGCGGCGUACGAUCUGGCAUGCGGAGGCACCAUUCGACCAGCGGACAACAAACAACCGAUGAUCUAUGGCCUUCGGUUAACGGAAUAUCGCAAACCGUUCUUUACCAUCGAGGUCCAUGCGAUGAACGAAACGGAGGCAUACCUUGGCGAGCUAAUUCAUGAAAUCGGCAUUAAUCUUAAGUCCUGUGCUCACUGCGUCAGUGUACGGUGCAUACGGCAUGGACACUUUACGCUCGAAGAUUCGCUGCUAAAGAAGGACUGGAACCUACAAAACAUCAUCAGCGCGAUGGCGCACACGAACAAGCUUAUAAAGAAAUACCCAUCCAUGCUGAUACAAACCAGUUCCGCACUACAAACUCUCGAUACGUCGGUGGAUUGAAACGUAAUCUGUUGUUCAAAGCAAUGGCAAUAGGGUAGUAAAUCUUUAAGACAACAAAGGCAGAAAACGGUUAACAACCGUGUGUGGGAUGUAGACGUCUCGUAACCUUCGCGGCGGAUGGUAGACUCGUGUACGUUGUUCAUGACUGUGAUGAGAGCAAUAGAGGACGAUAAUUUAAU